UUUAUUUUCGCGAAACUUCACCAUAAAUUAUUUACUUUAUAAAAGCAAAAGAGAAUGACGAAUGUACAAAGCAAGUUUCUGACUCCAGUGCUAUGCACCUGCCAAGAAUUUCAACACCCAUGGACCAAACAUUGUGCAAAUGCUUCAGCUGGUCUGCUACUAGCUUCAAUACCAUAUUGCCUGCGCGUAUAUACAAUGGUAUAUAUGAUAUCGCUUAUGAUGCGACAUCGCAUACCUAAAAGAGACGAUCUCAUUAAGACAAUACGUGGGAUCUUGCAAUCCACAGCCUUUCUAUGUACAAAUGCCUUUUCGUUCAUAUUAUAUAAUUGCUUUAUACGUUAUCUGCUGGGUGGCUAUUACUGGCUUACAGUGUCAUUUGUGCCCGCAUUUUUCGCCAGCUUUACAGCACUUUUAGUUGAACGUCCAGAGCGGCGCUCUUUGCUCACGUUAUACGUUGCAAAUGUAGCGACAGAGACUAUUUGGAAUAUGGCUGAGUCACGUGGUCUCGUGCGCUCUAUACCACAUGGACAAACACUUAUAUUCGGUGUUAGCAUAUCAAUAUUACUUUAUCUAUAUCGAUUAGGUUUACAUAAAACCAGUUGUAAAGACUCAAUAUUUAAUAUAUUACGUAUAUUUGUGGGAAAACCAGAAGAGGGACCAAGAACAAUAGCAGAAGCUAAGCCUGAAACAAGUACAACGCAAUCGAGAACACCGCUCAAUUUAACUACAAUAAAUGGCAUAGUACAAGCUUAUGGACGUUUCAUUGAUACGCUUAAGAGUAAACACAAAUCAUGUCCACAUAAGGAGAGCUGUAUCAGUUAUGCUGCAUUCGGUGGACUAAAGCCUUUCAUUGGUGGUAUUAGCUUACAAGUAGCCCUAAAACUUAUAAUGAAUAUCAAGAAAAUUGUACAAAACAGAAUGAACUGGCGUAAGAGUAUAUUUAAUCGGGAGACGCUGAAAUUGGGAAUAUUUCUGGGCAGCUUCUCUUUAUUGUAUAAGUCUGUCUCUUGCUUACUAAGGCGCACAUUUGGUAAAGAUGAUCCACUUUUUGCUAUACCAGCUGGUCUUAUAGGCAGUAUAGCCUUUACACAAUAUCCCGACGUCACAGUUGCGUUAUAUGUUAUGUGGAAAACGUUGCAAAUCGUUUAUAAUUACGGAAUUGAGAAAAAGGUUCUCCCUAAAGUACCUGGAUUUAAAAUAUUAUUAUAUUCUUUCUGCACUGCUGUACUAUUUCAUGCCGGCGUAUUAGAACCUAAGAAUCUGCGUUCAAGCUACUUUAAAUUCUUACAAGCUAUAUCUGGAGAAAGACUUAGUAACUUCAAUCUGGCACCAUUUGACGUUUACGGAAAUAACUCACAUCAAAAUGCGAGGGAGGUCAUCAAGAAUUUAAACAUUGUUACCAAAUCGAAUUUACCAAAAUUCGCCAUGACCUCAUAAAAAAUAUCUAGGGGCUACUUUAGCUCUAAACGAAAUUAACUUAGUUAAAUUAACUACAUAAUAUAAAGUAAAUAUUAAAUUUUUUGUAUUAAUGUAUUUGUACAUAAUUAAUUGCGUUAAUAUGUAAUCUUUGCACUUGGACGAAAUUAGAGUUGAAUUUUGCAAAAAUUGGGUUUAUGGGGAUUAAAGGUUUAUGGACCGUAGAACUAUGUUAUUAACUAUGUACGUACAUAGUUAAUAUGGUUUAGAAAGUAAAUAUUUGCAUACGAUAUAUAAAAGUAUGUUCCUUUAUAUGGAUUGUUUAUAUUUGUCCAUG